AUGCAGCUGGUGUGGGGUGAGCCGCCUCAGGCGAGAGGCCCACCUCUGCGCCUCGAGCUACAGACGGUGACAACUUCAAACUCUUCACUCCGCACACUUCACAAAACCCACCUCGUUCUCCUCACAUCCUUCCCGCACUUCCACACGACGUCUACUCGAGUCUACAGCGCGGCGCAGGCACCAGAGCAAAGAGGCAUAGAAGCCGAAAAAGACAGGAAUGUCACUCAACCCUGA